AUGGCAGCCGAAGAUCUCCCGACCGCAGACGUGCCCACGUGGAGGGGAGCUCUGUGUGCAAUCCUGCGGAUGCCCAUCUCCGAGAAGGAUUUCCAGAUCAUCGGCCUCUUUGUGACGAGACACAGCCUCAAACAACUAGAAAGUAUUUCCAAGCAUCCAACCGUGCGACUUACUAUCCAAUCUGACUCUCUCGUCGGGAUCCUCACACGCGUCGUAGGACGCUUUGAGAAUCUGAAAACGCUUGGUUUUCGAUAUCAUGCGGAGAAUCAUGUCCUUGAGAAAGACCCUUUUUUACAACGUUGCGGUCUGCUUAGGUCGAAAUACCGGCUUCUGAGAACAUGCCCCAAGAUUCCUAACGUUCAUAAUCGCCCUCGAAUCAAGAAAGACAUUGAUGUGUGCGCACUGACUUUUUCGGCGCUUCUCAAAGCGGUAGUCUCAACCAGACGAAAGCUCAAAGAACUACACACCUGCAGAGGUUCCCACAGUUGUGUCAUACCGGAGAAUCUUACGCUGAUUCCAUCUCAGUUCGAGGAUCUCCUUCCUCUGGUAGACGUACUCGAAACUCUGCACCUCUGUACCAGUAGAUUCGGGAAGCCGCAAGAAGAUGCCUCCUUCAAGGGCCUUCUCAGCAUUAUCCCGGCAGCUGCACCAAACCUCAAGAAUUUGACACUCUCACAAGGCAAUCCAGAACAUCCACUGGACCUGCACUAUUUUUCUGACCUCGCCCAAUCUGUCAGCUUCACGCGGCUCGAGGAGCUUCACCUCAACUGGAUCGAAAUGACCCCAACAGCAUUUAGGGUCUUUCUUCGCACCGCAGCCCCGACCUUAAGGGUCCUCACCAUGACCUAUGUGACUCUCAAUGAGAAGACCAUACCAGACAGAAUUCCGCACGGUAUGAGUCCUGAUGCACCCCGGCUCGCGCGGCAAAUGUGGGAAUUUUUCCACGACAAUUUGUCCCUGCGGCACCUUUCCAUCCAUGAACUUGGCUUGGAUGGGAAGCGGAUCGUCGUGCGAAAUAUCUUCAAUGGGCUCGAGCAACACCGCCACCCGUUUGAUAACUCUCAUGCUGUCUUUCACGAGGGUCGGACCCCCAUUUCCUUUCGCGAGUGGUCCGUGAUCGAACGCUACGCGCAGGCGACUGGGAUGUCUUUCCGGUCGGUGUAG